AAAAUAUAUAGAAAAUUUAUAAAAUCAUCAAUAAUGCAGGAGGUUUCUAAUUUAAGCAAUAUUGAACUACAUGCUCCUGAAAUUGUGUUUUUUGAUUUGGAAACAAAUGUACCAAAAAAAGUUGGACAAGGAUUCUGUGUCCUUGAAUUUGGUGCAAUUGUAGUUAGUGCUCACAAACUAAGCGAAAUUGAGAGCUAUACAACAUUGAUAAAACCGAAAGAUUUAUCUGUUGUAUCGGUGAAACCUAGUAGAAGCGAUGGAAUAACACGUGAAGCUGUGAAAAAUGCACCGUGUUUUGAAGAUGUUGCUGAGAGGAUAUUCGGUAUUUUGAAUGGAAGGGUUUGGGCUGGUCAUAACAUUCAAAGAUUUGAUUGUGUUCGUAUUAAAGAAGCUUUUGAUGGUAUUAAUAUGCCAGCACCUGUACCUAUUGGAAUCAUUGAUUCUUUAGGGGUUUUAACUGAGAAAUUUGGAAGAAGAGCUGGUAAUAUGAAGAUGGCUACAUUGGCUUCUUAUUUUGGCUUGGGGCAACAAAAACACAGGAGUCUAGAUGAUGUUCGGAUGAACUUGGAGGUGGUCAAGCAUUGUGCAACAGUGUUAUUUCUGGAAUCUACUCUACCAAAUACAUUGCAUAAUGACAAAAGCAAAUGGUAUGGCUCUUCUAGCAUCAUGACAAGAAGCAGAACAAAUGGGAAAUCACCAUCACCAUGCAGAGAAGAGACGAGUAGAAAAUCUCCCCCUGCCUCAUUUUCAUAUCAAAGAACGGUUCCCUAUACUAGGGGAAGUUUGGGAAAGGUGGCCGAAAGAAUGAAGGGAUUGUUGUGUAAAGCACAAGGACAACCACCUCUACAACAAUUAUUAAAGCAUUCUCAUUCAUUGCUUAGGUGAUGAAGAAUUAUUAAGAUGGACAUGGUUCUCAGAAAAUAGCAUGUUCUAUUUCUACCUAUUGAAGAUGACCUUUAACAAAGUGUCUGUCUUUGGUGAUUGAGAAGAGAAAAACCUCACGUUUUGCUGAGUUGGCAGGUCCAAAGAAAGAUAUGCAUACACAAGAUCAUGGAAGCUCAAAUUCACUUGUAUAUAUUGUACAUAGAAUUCAUUCAUUGUUCAAAUUCUUAAAUGAAGGAAGAUAGUAUAACA